AUGAGGUUGCUUUUCCCCGGCCGCUUAAAGAGGCGUUUGGCUUCCUUUGACGUCCGCCUUGGGAGAGGGCUGCCCAGCGGUGAUGGUCGGUCUUUAGCAGGGUUUCUGUUUCCGCACGUUUCUUUCUUCCAGCAUGCUAUCGAAAUCGACAGCCUCGACGUGGACUGCAAAGUCACGUCCCGAUUUGCUCGCACCGUCAUCACCAGCAAACUCGUCAACCGGGCUAACGAAUCCCGCGAGGCGACCUUUGAAGUGGAGCUGCCCAAGACGGCCUUCAUCUCCAACUUCUCCAUGUCCAUCGACGGCAAGGUGUACCCUGGAGUGAUACAGGAGAAAGCGUCCGCUCAGCAGCAGUACGACGCGGCGGUCUCGCGUGGGCAGAGCGCCGGGCUCGUGAAGGUCGCGGGGAGGAGGCUGGAGCGGUUCCAGGUGGCGGCGAGCGCGGCGGCGGGCGGCAGCGUGGCCUUCGAGCUGGCGUACGAGGAGCUGCUCAGGCGGCGGCUGGGCAAGUACGAGCUGCUGCUGAGGGUGAGGCCGAAGCAGCCGGUUCGGCGCCUGCAGGUCGACGUGCGCAUCUUCGAGCCCCAGGGCAUUCGCUUCCUGGAGACCCACAGCACGCUCCCGACGAACGAGCUGGCGGCGGCGCUCACGGAGGUGCGCGACGACACCGAGGCUCGUAUUCUGUUCAAGCCAACGGUCGAUCAGCAGAAGAUAAGUCCCGACCCGGGCAAAGGCCUCCUCGAUGGCGAUUUCCUUGUGCAUUACGACGUUAGGAGAGAUGCAACUGCAGGUGACAUACAGAUUGUCAAUGGGUAUUUUGUGCAUUAUUUCGCACCCAGCGAAAUGCCUGUGCUUCCCAAAAACAUCGUCUUUGUUAUAGAUCGAAGUGGCUCGAUGGCAGGCAGAAAAAUCGAGCAGACGAGGGAGGCUCUCCUGAAGAUCUUGCAAGACCUCCGAGCAGAAGACCGCUUCAGCUUUAUCACCUUUAACAGCAAAGUUGCGGAGUGGAGGAGCUCCUUGCUGGAAGCCACAGCAGAGAAUGUGGCAAGUGCUGCGGCGUUUGUGCAAACUGUCACUGUUAGUGGAGGCACGGACAUCCACGGGGCCCUGCUGAUGGCGGUGGGCACGCUGCACAGAGCCAAGGCGCUGCCUGAGCGGAGCGUGUCCAUGAUCAUUUUGCUGACGGACGGUCAGCCCACCUCCGGUGAGACAAACGUGGAAGUAAUCCAAGAAGACAUCCAGAAAGCCAUCGGCGGGAAGUAUGCCCUCUUCUGCCUUGGCUUCGGCUUUGAUGUCAGCUAUAAGUUCCUGGAAAAAAUGGCCCUGAGCAACGGGGGAAUUGCGCGGCGUAUAUACGAAAAUGCUGAUGCAGCAUUGCAGCUCCAGGGCUUUUAUCAGGAGGUGGCUACUCCAAUAUUAAUGAAAAUUAAAAUGCAGUAUCCAGAAAAUGCCAUUGAGGGAUUAACCAAGACCAACUUCAAGCUGUUUUUUGAAGGGUCUGAAAUUGUAGUGUCUGGAAAAAUCAGCAACAAGCUUGAUCUUCUGCCAGUAGAAAUUAAAGCUCAGUCUCAUACUAGUGACUUGAUGCUUAAAGAAGAAGCAAACAUUAAAGAGAAGGAGCAAGUAUUUCAAAAUCAAAGCUACAUAUUUGGAAAUUUCAUUGAGAGACUGUGGGCUUACCUAACCAUUCAACAGCUUCUAGAAAAAUCUAUUUCAGCCCAAGGAGAGCAGCAGAAAGCCCUGGAGGCGCGCGCCCUGGAGCUGUCACUGCGGUACGGCUUUGUUACCCCCCUCACCUCCCUGCUGGUCACCAAACCUGCCGAGCAGCUGCAGGUGGAGCUGGCGAACAAGCCCACCGAAGCCGAUAAUGAGAAGUCCAGCAGCUUCCUAGGAGGAGAUGCUUAUAGACUGAGGAGUGGAUCACUUCCCGGUCGCUGGCGCGCUCUGCUCCAGUCUGGCAGCAACAAAAAAGUGCAUUCGCCAGUUGUCAGGCUAACCGGACAAACAAGAUCCCAGCCCCUUGCCAACGACUAUCCCCAACUUCUCUUGCAAUUGCCUGGACAAAAUGAAAUAAUCUGCUUGAAUAUUGAUGGGCAAGCACAGGCUCCUGUAGACCUGCUUUCUGAUCCAGAGCGAGGAAUCUCCGUGACUGGGACUCUCGGGGACAAAACAAAUCACUUUGUGCACUUCGAAAUUACCUAUGCGAAUCCUCCGGUGCAAAUCCACGUCUCCACCGAGGCGAUCCUAGUACGCCACGAUCGCGAGACCAGACGGCUGCCGUGGGCCGAGUCUGCCACCUCCACGGUCCGGAGGCUGAGAAUCUCGGUUGAAAAGGAACGAAGCCUGACAGUGUCACUGCCGGAUACCGUCACAGCAAAAAUAGCCUUCGUAAAGCUUCCAGAUGAUUUCCUCGGACUGUAUUUCUUGGACACCAACCAUUUUUCUGACAACAUCAGUGGAGUUCUUGGUCACUUGUAUUCAAAAGCACAACUUGCAAAUAAGCCCAGUGUAAAUCAGAGAGAUGAUGUAAAACUCCUAAGUAUAUCCGGAUCUGAGCACAGAGUUACCAGGCAAAACAAGAAAGACUACAGGCUUGAGUCAGCCAGUGAUUCUGUUUCCUGCUGGUCAUUAGAUAUAACUUCCUAGAGAAGAGUAAUUUAAGAAGAAAAACAUUGCAAAUGAUGCUCUCCAAGCAUUUGUGAUACUCUCUCAUCAAGAAAACCACACAGUUACUGCCUUACUUGUUAAUGCAGGAACGUCAUAAAUAUCUUACCUCAAAAUCAUUAUACUUUUAAGAAGGGAACUUGCUUGCUUGUUGUUUGUAAUUUUAAAAUGGUUUAUAAUAGGUUGGUUAUGUUUUGGAAGAUUCUUGUAAACAAAAUAAAAUCAACACUAUCAGCUUAUGGUUGCACACGGAGAGAGAGACUCAGUUUUCUGAAUAAAAAUAAGUAGUUGUAGCAUCUAACUCAGCACACCUGUCAUGCAAACAGUACUAAAUUUUUAAUGUUUACACUCGGGAAAUUUCCAGUUACAAAUGACAG